UGGCAAACAGAAGUAUCAGAUAUCCAGAUAUCAUUUCAAGAAACAGGCUCAUUUCUAUCCAAAAUCAGUUUCUCAUUUUCUUAACAUGGAUUCAGCAAAAGAGAUUUUCAUGGAGUUUGUUGGACAAGCCGGAACUGUUUUUGAAGUUGGAAAGUCUAUAUUGGGUUUAAUUGAAAACCAUUGGGAAUUCCCUAGAGGCAUUGAUGAGAAUGUAAAUAAUCUGAGGAGAAAAGGAGAUCGAUUAAAUGGUCAGAAAGAAGGCAUCGAAUCAAGAAUCAAAUCAAAGCUGCGUCCGAGAAAGAAAAUCAGUAAAGAAGUUGUUCUGUAUUUCGAAGAUGUCAAAAGGAUGAAUGGGGAAAUUCCUAUUCUCGUAUCCAAAGUUAGUACUAGAAGCUUUUUCUCCCGUGGAUUUCUUGUAAAUGAUGUUCGUAAGAUGGGAGAAGAACUUGACGAACUGCUUGAAAAGGGUAGAUUUUCUGAUGAUUUGCUUGUCGAUGAUCUUUCGUGGAUUGGUCAGGUGUUGCCAACACCAAGCUUUGUCGUUGAUGCAAUAGAACUUGUAAAGAAUAAGAUUAUAAGAUACUUGAGGAAUGAUGGAGUUCAAAAGAUCGGAGUUUAUGGAAUGGCAGGAGUUGGAAAAACAACUGUUGUUAAGCUUGUCAACAAUGAACUCUUAAAAAGUGUAAGCAAUUUCGAUAUCAUAGUAUGGGUCACUGUAUCGAGGGAAUUUAGUGUUAUUGAACUACAGAAGAAGAUUGCAGAGGCAAUGAACGUUGUUAUUACCGUAGAUGAAGAUGAAAUAUUAAGAGCAGGGAUGUUGUAUGAAAUUUUGACUGAAAAGGGUAGAUUUGUUUUAUUCUUGGAUGGUGUAUGGGAGGGAUUUUCCCUUGAAAAAGUUGGAAUUCCUGAAUUUUCUGGGGGUAAAUUAGUGUUGACAGCUCAAUCAAUGGAUGUAUGUCGACAAAUGGAUUGUCAUGUCAUAAAAAUGGAGCGGCUUCCUGAACAAGAUGCAUGGCAAUUGUUCUUGGACAAUGUUGGUCAUAAUCUAAUGAAUUUUACAGAUUUACUACCGAUUGCAAGAUGUAUCGUUGAGCGUUGUGCUGGUUUGCCGUUGGUGAUAGUUACAGUUGCUUGUACCAUGAGAGGUGAAAGGAGUCUUUCAAUAUGGAGGAAUGCGCUCGUAGAAUUGAAAUCAAACAUACUGGUAUGGGUUAAAAAUGAGGUGUAUUCGCAACUGAGAUUCAGCUAUGAUCGAUUAAAAGAUCCAGGAAUUCAAAAAUGUUUUCUUACUUGUGCAUCGUAUUGUGAAGAUUUGGGAAUUUUGAAAGGACAGUUGAUAAUGGAUUGGAUUGAAAAAGGAUUAAUAGAUGAAAUGGGUAGCAAGGAAGUAAUGUUGGACAAGGGCCAGGCUAUACUAAGAACACUAGUUGAGAAUUGCUUGUUAGAAGAUGUAGGCAACGAAAGGGUGAGAAUGCAUGAUCUCACCAUAGAUAUGGCUAAACUUAUCAUUCAAGAAUUGUAAGAAUCAUGAAUUAACAAUGCAAUUUUUAACACAUGUAUUGUUAGUUUCAAUUUUUUUAUUUAUUAUGAACUUAAAGUAAUUUAAAUCCAAUUAAAAAACUCCUAUAUAUAAAUUAAUUUAAUUAACAAUUCAAACAUUUAUGAUUUGGAAUUAUUCUAAAGCAACAGUUGAUAAGAGAUUGGGUUGGAAAGGGAUUAAUAGAGGAAAUGGGUAGCUUGGAAGCAAAGAUGGACAAGGGAGAAGCUAUACUAAGAACACUAGUAGAGAAUUGGUUGUUAGAAAAUGUAGGAAAUGAAAGAGUAAGAAUGCAUGAUCUUGUAACAGAUAUGGCUAAACUUAUCACUCAAGACUUGUAUUAACAUUGCAA